UGACGCCGGUGUGUGACAUUCCUCGAAAGAGCGUCGGACAGUAGACAAUUGAACUUUUACCACACAAAUGAGGAAUACGAGGACACAACGUAGUGCGGUUCGCUAAUGGGAUGCAAUAAAUCAUGCAUUCAAGAUAAGAAGCCCCACAGCUGGUCAUAUCCUUCUGAAUUUUUUUUUUUUUCUUCCCCCAGAAGUUUCUAGGGAUGGUUAAAUCUUUUUGUGGCUGGAUUCCGCUACAAAAAAUGUGAUCUUUCUUUUAUUUUAUUUUUUUAAAUGAGCCAUGUCAUCAAAUGGUUUAAGAUUGAGUUGUUGGUCCCCAUUGCAGCUUUUUGAAGUCCUUUUUUUUUUUUUUUUUUUUUUAAUUGUGAUUUUUGUAAUUGAAGUGUCAAUCGAGUUUUGUGCAGAAGCCAAGUAUGUGAGAGGUCGGAGCGGCCCGGGAGGUGAGACGUUAACCUCUCUUUGACCUCAUAAGAAGGCGAUUUGGGCUCCGAGUGAGGAAUCUAAGUUAAAGGUCCAACAUGAGCGGACAGUGGCUGUUUCAGUAUGUGCUGAUUCUGUGGCUGGUCCAGAGCGUGCGUACCGGCGGUUACGGUGCUGGAGUGUCCGGACUCCCCACGGGCCAUGAAGCACACUUUAAUGGAAAGAGGGGACACAAUGGAGGAGGCGCUGGAAGGAUGCCGAUUCCAUCAAAAGGUGCCGGUUCAUCAUUGGGUGUGCAGAAUAGUUACGGUGGGUACCCCAAUAAAGGAGUGGGCUAUGGAGGAGCAGCUGGCAUGGCCAAUGGAGCAGGAACAAAAGGCUAUGGUGCAGCGCAAGCUCAGGGAAGCUGGCCACAAGGAUAUGGCGGUCAUGCCGGUCCCGCCAACCAACAUCCAAUGAAAGGCUACGGCUACAGAGCUCACGCUGGAAUAUUGGGUGGACCGAGAAAUCAAGGCUAUGGUGGUCCUCCUGCUGGACCCCAGAGUGGAAACAAAGGCUACGGUCCUGCGAGUGGUGCCCUUGGUGGGAUGGAAUCCAAGACUAAUGGGUACGGAGCUAAAUUUGGCGUCCCAAAUGGAGCUGGAAACAAUGGCCUGUUGGGUUCUGGACGCAAACCCAUGAAAGGAUACGGCCAGCCGUAUUAUGGAGCAGGUAUGGGAGUCUCCCAAAGUCGUGUUGUUCCCCAACUUCCCAGGAACCAGGACAAGGGCUAUGCUGGUGGCUAUGGAAGUGCUGGAAUGGGUCUGGGACCACGUUACGGAAGUGGAGGACUGAAAGGACCCAAACCAGGAUAUGGCGGCGCAGCGGGUGUACCCAACAGACGAGAUGCUGUCCCCAAUGGUCAUGGUUACCUCAAUGGUGGCACUCACUAUCCUAUAAAACCAGCCUAUGGGAAUGGUGUCAAACCCAGUGGGUAUGGAACAAGAGGACGAGGUUAUGGCAUUGGAGUCGUUCCCGUUGGAUAUGGAGCCAGACGUAACGGUUAUGGAGCUGGUGGCACGAAAGGAUAUGGCGCAAAACCCAAUGGCCCUGGAAAUGGACCCCCUUGUUGA